AUGGACUGUACCAGAGACGUCGACACAAGCAGUAAGUGCUGGGAUGGCAAUGGGUGUCCAGCCGUGUCUAAAAGUGGCUUUCCAGUAGGCCCGGGCAGGUCGAAUACCAUAACAACUGAUGAGCAAACUCGAAUCGCUCCUGCAGACAAUGCGGGCAGCGAGCUACGGGGGCCUUCUGGUUCUUCUCAAAGCCCAGAGCUACAAAGAAACCCAGCGGGCCCUAUGCGUGAUGCUACGCCGACCGACGUGGUGACAAUCACGAAUCCUCUGUCUGUAGGUCCUCCUGACUCUGGCUUCAUCUCACAUCCUUCCUAUCCAUAUGGUCCAGUGUAUCUGGGGACAUCGUCCAAUUGGUCAUUCAGUCGACGGGUCCUGAAUAUAACGCAAAAAGCUGUCCAUAACACGUCUUUACCACCAGAGAGUUUUGUCAUGGACGGGACGGCGUACGACAUGGGCUGGGAUGGGUCUAGAAUCGCAGACACCGUCUUCACUCCCCCACUCCCUUCGUUGAGUCACUCAAUGUAUCUGAUCCGAUCAGUCCAGUUCCAUGUGGGCCACACAUAUCACUUGUUCGAUGAAGAAACAUUUCAACAAAACUUACAUGACUUUUACGAAAACCCCAGCGAGGACACCCCAAGAGGUGGGCUCUGGUUCGUCCACUACUUGCUGAUCAUGGCCCUUGGGCAGGCUUUUGUCCUCCGAAGCGGCGAAGGGAGGAAGCCACCCGGUGCGGAAUUCUUUGUUCAAGCCAUGAAACUGCUACCGGACACCAGUCAAUUGUGGAAAGACACAUUUACAGCUACGGAACUAUACUGCUGCGCUGCCCUCUACCUGCAAUCAACUGAUUAUCGAGCUGGGGCUUACCUGACUAUCGGAACCGCAUUGCGCAUGGCUCUUUUUCGAGGAAUGCACACGGAGCUGCCGACCGAGGUAUUCGGCGAAGCACAGAUCGAGCGAGCCAGGAGGAUAUGGUGGACAAUUUAUAUCCUAGAUCGGGAACUGUCAUCGCUUAUGGGUCUACCAGUACAGAUCAGCGAGGAAAACAUCCACGCGAAACUACCCUCCCUACAGUCAGCUACCGGACUUGCAGCUCUUGACAUCCACAUCAAAUUGUGUCGCAUUAUCGCACGGGUUGUUAACACUGUCUAUGGCCCCGAUGGGCGCCUUGAUCAGAAGUUUUUGACAAACACCAAAUCGGCGCUUACUUGUCUUGCUGCGGUGGCCGACGAGCUCAACAACACGUUCAAGUUGCCUUCAAACGGUUCAAUUGAAGGCAUAUCUCGGCAAUCGGCGACAUUGCAUCUCGUCUAUCAUCAGUGCGUAAUUCUUACCACAAGGCCACUGAUGUACAGUCUCUUCUCGAAACAACUGAAUACCCGGCCGGCAACGCCAACUACUAUAAUGACCAUGAGGCGGCUGCAAGUAUUGCUCCAAAUGUGCAUUGACUCUUGCCAACAAUCACUUAACAUUCUUGCCAGUCUAUUUACGCAAGGACUACUUGAAAGCUUCUUACCCUUUGACCUUGAGUCCGCGUUCUGCUCUGGGUUGAUGAUCUUCAUGGGCGCUUUUGUUGAGCCGACUCUGGUCAAUAAUCUUGCGGCCGCAGCUCAGACCACUUAUCGUGUCAUUGACGAUAUGAUAGGGAAAGGGAACAUGGUUGCGCGUUUUCGUAAGGCCGAGCUGGAACAACUGAGUAAAAUGUUGGAGGAACUUGAACCGGAAGCGGGCAACUAUGCGGCCCGUUCAAGGAUCGUAUCUCGACGCGCAUCUGCUGGACCUAACGUCCAUGGCCAGGAUGGUCAGACGACUGCUGUUAAUGAGACCCCCGGUGCUCAGCUUGAUGAUAUCUCUCUUGAAGGGAACGUUGAGCCGUUCGGGGAGUGGACAUGGCCGGACGCAAUGGAUCCGAUUCAACUUAUGAACGUUGCCGAGUCGUUGGAUGCCAGUCGAUUUGACUGGUUCCAACAACCAUUCGGCGGGCUUUAG